GCUCCAACGGUUCCAGAGCACACUAGAAUCAUGAUCCGGCGUCGUCGCUCGCUGCCGUAGUGCCUGCCUCGCUUCCCUCGCCGUUACUCGGAUCUUUUGCUGUCACUCCGUGCGUACGCGGAGAUUUCUCGGAUUGCCAUGUCAUGAGUAAUGGGGUUGUUUAGUCUCGUGUAGAAUUCAGUUCCUAUGCGCUAUAGGUUUUUCUGUGCGUGGGUGACAUGAUGAGGCUGCACAUGAGCGGAGUUCUCCUGGUGGACAUUUGGUUUGGUGUGUGAAUUUUGAGACGGAAGAGAUGGGUGGGAGAUUUUAGGGUGCUGUGACAUGUUUUGUUGACGUUUGUCGAAGACAACUUGCCAGCCCUCUCGUAGCUUCAGAAUUUGGGUAGGGGAGUGCUCAGUUUGCUCUUGAAACUGCCGCAUUGUUGGUAGCUGAGGCCAGGUUUUGGAGUGAAAUUCAAUCAAUGCAGGAAGGUCGUCUGGAAGGUUUAGUAUCAGUGACGGUUGACUAGAAGGCGUCCUCGUUAUCUACGUUGCGUCUUGUUUCGGGUUGGAUUGGUCGGUGUGGGUCUCAUCCAUUUCCCCCGCGUGUGGUCAUACUUCAUGGCUGCCAAUCUUGACGCAACAUAUUCAUCACACUUGCAUUACUUCACCGCAGUGUGAAUUCUUCCACCGCGAUUUUCAUCUUUCUUGGUCAUUGCAGUUGACCUUCAUCUAUUUGGUCUCCUUGCUUGAUGCCCAGAUUUGAAAACUUCUUGUGGGUAGUCUUCGCAAUGAGUAGAAGGCUUCGUGCGCAUCACUUUCUCUGUUCUUUCUCUUCGGGCUGAGUGAACUGGGGCAGCCGGGAACAGUGAACUGUUUGCUGUAAAGCAAUGUAGAACUUAUGUAAUCCUGUAUCGUCAAAUUCUACCAACAACAUGCUCACAUACGUAGUCAUGGUUGUACGUCUCCCAUCACUACACGAUUGGUAUGACAUUCAUUGUUAGCUGCUCUAUGGUGCUGUCAUUAAUCUCUAUGGCAUGUAUCGAUAGACUUCUGUUUUUGGUGUUGGUAUAUCGAGGUGUUCUCUCAGCUUCCACAGAAGGGAUAAAUAUCUAUUAAUCCUUGGACCGGGCUCGUGAGGCUGCUGUCAAUAGCAAUACACUUCGGCUAUAGUAGCUUCAUUGAGUUGGAGGGUUAGUUCCAUGGAUCGAAUUCUUCACCGAAACCUCUCCAGCUGUGGUCAGACGGUCAAGUUCGUGACGAAUCCAUGCGAUAAACGUACGCAGUCUCUGACUUCCUUACCAUGUGUAAGGUGCGGUCUUCGUACUGAAGAGAUUUUACCUUCGAAAAGAACUAGGUUUUCUUCCUCAUCCUCUUGGUCAUACUUUCAAGUUUUUGGAGAUGUACACGGUUGUAUGAACGCGUCAGACAGCAGAGCUUGUCAAACAGUGCUUGAACAUACAUUGCAACGAGCAGGCUCCAGUAGGGUUUUGGCAGCAUGGGAAAAAAUUCAGUCCUGGAAUCCUAUCAAGCACAACAUUGGAUCAAAGAGUCGAGGAGAAGCAAUUUCGACUGAGAGUUCUCUGGUUGUGGACGAUGAAACCUCUGGGCUGCCCGACUCAGCAUCUCGAAUUAAGGCAGUAGCAGGUACCGGACAGUCAAGGGACUUCAAUUUUGCAAGAGUAAUCUCACCACCUUCGAGAGAGAAAACUCAGACCAGAAGACAACUCGCUGAAGCCGCAAUUAGUCAAGCACUCACUCCAUCUCUGCGACCCCGGAGACAUGGCGAGGGAGAGCUUGGUCUCCGCAUGGCCAAUUUCCUUUCAGCAUUCAUGUCAUCCGCAAGAACUAAUGAGGCUCGGUUUUGCGAGGAGAGGGUUUCCAAGAGCCUUCAGUCAAUGGUAAUGAAAUCCGAUGCAGCCGAGCGUGAAGUGAAAGCAAUUCAAUCCUGGAUUGAUGAUGCUGAGGAUCAACUACACGCAAUGCCGUCGGAGAGGGACAUUGAGUGGUUAGAGACCCUCCUCGAGAAGCUAGUUUGUCCCACCCAAGUAGAGAAGGCCUCAAGGUCAUGGCGCCUUUCAAAAGACGAGUUUGUACAAGAUCAACGUCAGCAAUUCUUGCAGACAUCAGCGGAUUUCAAAUAUACCCUGGCCAAUUUGCCCACGCUUGCAGAGAUUCAGAAAUUGCACGAGGAAUUUGAACAGAUAGAUAGGAAACUGUGGCAGUGUAGCGAUGCUGCGAAGGAAGCUGUUACUCUUUUGCGCAGCGCCAUUGCUAGAGGAGAAGUCGCUUGGCUCCGAAACCUCGAACUGGACGCUGCAUAUCUGGAUGCUUUGGCCCGGACAGUGAUCCCGUUGGAGGAGUUAUUCAUAACCAACUCGUAUGAAUUCGGUUGUCACCUUGAUGAUCCUCUACAGAAAGACUCGUGAUUGUCAUGAGAAUGUGCGUUUGUAUUCUUUCCAGUCCAACGAGACUUGUAGGACUAGACCCUUCCAGUUCAAGGUUGCCGAGUGUGGCACAGGUCAUUGAAGGUAUGUAGAUUGAUACUACUGAUAGAAGUCCAACCAUAGAGUCCACGAAGUUUUUAGAAUCUGUCACUUCAUGGGAGUGGAAGUGACGGAAAAUUAUUCUUCUCAUUGAGAUGCUUCAAUCUCGGCAAUGUGAAAGUAGUCAUACGUGAAGCAUCUGAUUUUUGUGUAUUUUGCAAGGAGACUUCGUUGCCCACCAGACCUUGAAACCCAAUUUAACUUAAUUUCUAAACUGAGUUUGAAGUCCUGGGACAA